AUGGCGUCAGAGGCAGAUGUGAUAUUUAACAGGGCGAACGUCGCUCUAGCACGAAGCCAGAGGCUGAUUGCGUCCUGGCUGCCUCCCAAAACUGCCGAAGAAAGUGCCAAUACAAAGUCGGAGGAGGAGCUCCAGCGAGAGGAAGACGAGAUAUUCACAGCAGUCCCGGAGAAACUGGGCCUUGGAGCGCCUAUACCCCAGAAAGAGGCAGAUGGAAGCAUAAAACGAACAGAACUCAGCUCCAAUGACAAGCUAAGGAAGCAGCUUUUGGGCAAGAAUUUCCGAAAGACCGAAGCACCGGGGCCAAAAAAUGCUGGCUCCCGGAUAAAACAGACCGGCUCUACUCCAAACCAAGCGAAUGAGGUGGCUGAGGACAGUGACGAGGAGGACGGGAGGUCGUCAUUGGGUAAAAGCAAACGAAAAGGAAACUCAGAGGAUCAAUCGUCGGCCGUGAAGACGGGUUCCGGCGUGAAGAAGAGAACCGGAAGUUAUCUUGAUGAGGUUCUCUCGCAGAGAAAACCGAAGAAAGGGAGGAGAUGA